CCGCAAAACCGCAACGAAAUACCACCCAAUAUCCAACCCGAAUAUACAUCAUUCCGCACACCAACACACCCCUUAAAAACAUACAAGAUGCUGUUCAAACAAUCAACCCGACACCUCGCGCUCGCGACGCGCAUCUCAUCACCCGUUCGAUCCGCCAUUCCCAGGCGAGCAUUCACAUCAACGACUGCAAGCCUCAACUCGGCAGAGCAGCCGAGCGCGUAUAGGCAGGGGAUGUCCAACUACAAGACUUUCGCAGGGGCUUUUGGCAAGGUCUUUCUCGGUGCUGUGCUCACGUAUCAGAUUAUCUACUGGACGUGGCUGAAGCUAGAGACGGAUGAGUCUAUGCUUGAGAAGAAUGAGGAGAUGGCUAGUCUGGAGAAGAAGGCUCGGGAAUUGGCGUCUGCCCAGAAGUGAUGAAAUAUAUCUCCUGGGUUGGCGGGAGCAGUAAUGCAAUGUUUGUACGAUAGUUGAUUCUAGCAGUUGGGAAGGGUUUAAAAUCCAAAGCAAACUUACCUAUCCCUUGGGUUGUAUUCUUCUUUCAAUUGCUUUACAAAAUCCAUUGGUCCCUCUAUGCCCAGAUUGAACUACUGUUCCGGGUGGCGGCCAC